AUGAAUCCUCCUCCUUGUCUCAGAUAUAUCGACGACCUCAUCGCCGAGAACCAGCGGCUCAAGAACGACAGCAAUGCCGCCGCGCAAGCCCGCUCCGAGGCCCUUCUCCCGGACAUCCACAUCGGAGCACCGCCGGCCAAGGACACGGCAGACAACGCCGCCGCCGCCGUCACCACCACGGCCACGGCCACGGCCACGGCCACGGCCACCGCCGCCAUCCCUCCCCCCUCCCUCGAUGACCGCCCCUGGUUCUUCGAGAUGAACAUCCCGCACACGCCCAUCCUCAUCGGCGAGGCCUCGGACGCCGCCUUCGCCACCCGCUUCCGGCAGGCCAUCUCGUCCGCCGAGCACAGCCACAUCCCGCGCGUCAACUACGCGACCGACGAGCGCCUCCUCGCCCUCUCCGACACGGACUGCCCGUGGCCCGGCCCGGCCCGCGCCCGCUUCCUCGUCGGCGUCGCCCUGCGCUACGUCAGCCGCUGCUACCACAUCGUCCGCAAGGGCCCCGUGCUCGACGCCCUCGAGCAGACGCUGCUGAACCCGGCCGAGAGCGACUCGCUUCUCAAGAGCAAGCUGUGGGCCCUCUUCGCCAUCGGCGCCAUGUACUCGACCCGCUCGGCCUCGUCCGAGAGGCACUUCCCGGGCAUGGGCUACUUUGCCCGGGCGACGCGGGUCCUCCGCAUCGUGAGCGAGAGGCCGCGGAUCGACGUCGUUGAGUUGCGGCUGCUUCUCUCCUUCUACUCACUGGCCCUCAACCGACGGCACACCGCCUACACCUUUGCCGGCUCGGCAACCAGGCUGGCCGUCGUCAUGGGCCUCCACCUCAACGUGCCCGAGUCGCAGCUGAGGGACGCCGCCGCCCGCGAGCACCGGGUCCGCGUAUGGUGGACGGCCUACAUCUUCGACCGCAUGUGGGCGGCGAAGCUCGGCCACCCCGUCGCCGUGCAGGACAUCGACAUCGAGGUCGACCUGCCGUCGAACCCGGCCGUGGACGAGAGCGUGGCCGACGACUUCGCCGACGCCUCGUACUUUGUCGCGAGCGUGAAGCUCGCCCGCCUGCUCGGCCGCGUCGUCCCGUCCAUCUACCGGAGGAGGGCUCAGCAGACCUCGCUGUCGCACAGGGUCCAGGAGGCGCUCAAGGAGCUCCGGGCUUGGUCGGGGGAGCUCCCGCCGCAGCUUCACAUUGACUUCAAGCCGACGUCCGAACGCACACCGAAGCCCAUCUCCCUACACCUCAACUUCAACCAGUGUGCCGUGAGCACCACGCGCCCCAUCCUCCUCCACGUGCUCCGCACCCACGUGGCAUCGUGGGGCACGCCGGCCGCCCCGGAACCCCGGAUCCCGGCCACGGCCAUGACGCUGGCGGAGACGUGCAUCCGGUGCGCGCGGCACUCGUGCCGGCUGCUGACGGAGUGCUGGAUCGACGGCUCCUUCGCGACGUUCGACUACUUCUACACGCAGUACCUCUUCUCCGCCGCCACGAUCCUCGCCGCCUCGAGCCUGCUGAGCGGCGGCAAGGAGGCGGCCAACGACCGCGAGCAGUUCGAGGAGGCCGCCCAGUUCCUCUCGCAGCUCAAGGACAGCGGCAACUUCGCCGCCGAGGAGUUCUGCCAGCACAUCGACGCCAUGAAGGCCACCAUGGCCGCCGCCCGGGCCCGGAGGGGAGGCUACGCCGAUGUCCCCGCGGGAAACACCGCGGCCGGCGCCCCCUACUCCUCCGCCACCACCUCCUCCUCUUCCUCGUCGGCUGGGGUGGUGUUCUCCGACGCCGCCGGGUCGACCUUUGUUGGCGACGCCGUGACGCUCGGCCAGCCGUUCGAGGCGCAGAACACGACGGCCGGCAUGGCGCUCAACGAGCCCUCGCUGCAGGAGCUGCUGGCCCAGCCGCUCCUCGACCUGCAGUUCAUCGACGCCUCCAUCUAUAACGACGGGGCCCAGGGGCUGUACUGGCCGGACUUUAGUCCCGAGUCGUGGACGCCCGACACGUGGACGGCGACAUGA